GUUAUGCAAUAACAACCAUAAUUAGCUCCAACAUAUGAAAAAUGUCCAACACAUCCAAUUAAUGAUAUUGUUUUAUUUUGUUUAAAUGAUGAAUGUAAAGAGGUAUAGUUUAUUUUUAAUAUUUCAGCCUUUAUGCAAAGAAUGUUGUAAAUUACAUAUUCAAUAGCAUAAUCAAUAAGGAACACCUGCUAUUAUUGAUACUGUUGAUAGUGUUAGAGAGAUGCUAUUUAAUGAUGUUCACAAUCUAAAAAUUAAAUUUGAAGAGUAUAUUUUAUGUAAAUAUUCUAGAGAAAGAGAAAUAUUACAUCAUUUUUCAGAUGGAGAACAUUCUCAACUUAUUAAAUCAAUUCAUGGAAAAAUAGAAUAAGUAAAGAAAAAUCUUCAUUAAUUGAUUAAUGAUUAUUGUGAUCAAUUAGAAAAAGAAGUAUAAAAAAGAAUUCAUUAACAUAAAGUAAUAUUUAAAUUAAUUAAUUAGGCUGCUCAUCCUGGAGAGAAAAAAGAAUUGCAUCAUAAACUCAAUACUGUUAUUAAUUCAUUAGAUUAAUAAGAAAAAGGAUUGUAAUCACAAAAAUACAUAAAAUCUUGUUUAAUUCUGUUAUUUGAAAAGAAAGAUCAUGAUUUAGAAGGAUUAUCUCUUGAUAUUGACAAUGCUUUAAAGCAUUAUUUAUAAAAUAUGUUUGAUAUAUGUAUCCAUAAUGAUAAAUUUGAUAAAAUAAGUAAAUUAUAUAAUAUAUAUAUUAUAGAUGAUGUUUUAAGAGAGUAUGUUGAAAUUCAUUAAGUUAAUUUAGGAGAAGAAUUAGAAAAUUAUACUUAAUAAAUAAGAGAAAAUAAAAAGAUUUAAGGAAUAUAAUAAUAAUAAUAUUAGAAUAAAUAAUAAUAAUAAUAUUAGAAUUAAUAAUAAUUCUAAUAAAGUAUUAAAAAAUAAGAAUUGAAUCCUAUUAUUUCUUAAACAAUUCCAUAAACUAAAUAGAAUUAUCAAUCAAUUUAUGAUAUUCCUCAUAAUUAAUUGAAUAUACGUAAAAUAAAUUAUUAAUUUAAUAGAUUCAUCACUUUAAUAAUCUAGAUUGGGAUCAAAUUCAAAGAAUUAUGAAAAUAGAUUGUAAUAAAAUAAUGAAAAAUUGAAGUAAUAUUAUGGAUGA